AUGCAUGCUUACUUGAACGUCCUCAGCUACAUCAAGAAUCUCGAGGAUCGCGUCGCUGAGCUUGAGCUCGCCCUCCGGAAUCAAGGGAUAGACACCGAGUCUGAUGCCAGCCGAGCUUCCCAAGAUGCUCUUGAAUCAACACCGGAGGCGCACAACUCUAAUGAUCUGAAUUUACUGCGCCUGCUAGUACCCAGGCCAAAUGAUAUACAGCACCCCCAAGAGUCAGCUUACCAUACUCUCCUUGAUACCAUCACUGUACCAGAUACCAUCAAACUCCCUCCCAAGCCAACCGCUGUCCAACUCACCGCCACAUAUUUCGAACAUUCUAAUUUCUUCUCCCCUGUCUUGAACCAGGAAUUAUUCCACGAUACCAUUGCCAUACUGUAUCAAGACCAGACGUCUCCUGGCCAGGGCACCUCAGUACCGAAAUUCCAGCUUUGCAUGGUCCUAGCCAUCGCCAUCAGACUUCUCAACAGGACGGAUUCUUCCAUUCCUACGACUGCAUCCGACUCAUUCUUUGCGUCGGCUAUUGUGAUACUCACAGACCGGCCGCAAGCUACCUGGAGAGGCGACCUUCAACAUCUCCAAAACCUUCUCCUCAUUGUACAGUAUACCAUUUUCGCUUCAAACCUCUCUGCGGCUUGGCACUUCAUUGGUCUGGCAACACGAUUGGCUAUUGACCUCGACCUCCUCAACGAAACUCGAUUGUCCGUGAUAGAAGACGCGCAUGAGAAUGAGGCAGAGGUCAACAAGAGACGUCGAGUAUUCUGGUCGACAUACAUACUCGAAACAAACCUCUGCGUUAUACUCAAUCGCCCAAGAUCAAUACCUGACGAAGCCAUCUUCACGUCCCUCCCCUCAACAAGCGGAUCCGAGUCAUCAAGUCCACUAGCAAACCACUGCAUCCUCUUCCGCCAACUAGAAUAUGAAAUCUUCCAUACACUCAACUACAAACCUCGUGCGAACGGCACCUUCUUCGAUUAUAAAGCCUGGAAGACGGGCAUGAAGGAUCGCCUUGUGGAGUGGCAUGCAAAUGUGCCUCCCUUAGACCCAACAUCAAAGCUUGCGCCCCAGAACUUUUUCGACGGCGCUUUAUACAUGACUCUUGUCUAUCUUUUCUCACCAUCUCGUCACUUUCCUCACCUUUCGGAGGAUGAGCUGAGAGAUCUUGCGCAGUAUGCUUCUACGAGUAUUGAGCUCUACAGAGAGGGAUUCAAAGAGGGCAAGUUGAGGUUCUACUGGCGAACGACACCCAACUUGUUUCAAUCAGGUGCAGCCCUGAUCCAUUGUAUCAAAAUUCUUACGCUGCAAGGUGCAGUGUUUGACGUGAACGCCUUGAAGAGUCGGGUGUCUGUCUGUUCGACAGUUCUGUGGGGUAUGGCAGAGCGGUAUCCUCCUGGAGCUUCAUACCGUGACCGCUUCGAUGAGAUGUCAGCUACUGUAGAUGAAAUGGCCUCAGAGCUGCCGAUGGAUAUCUCAAGCGACUUCCUCUUUAGGCAUAAUGUAUUGCCUUCGUUGGAUCUGGAUGGGGCAGCGACUCUAUGGACGUCAACACCGCCCACUUUGGAUCCGUGGAUACUGGAUCAAAUAUAA